CUUCUCUGGUUGGUAGGUCUUGCGGUUGGUCUUGGUUCCGCUCGUUCGCUGUUCGCUUCGCUUCGCGCCAAUUGCGUCCGUCAGCCAUAAAAAAAUAAUACCAUUGUUUACAUAUCGGCUAAGCAACAUCGUUUUUCUGUUUUUCCGACCUAAUCAACGACCAAAACGCAUCAAAAAGCAUCUCCUACAGCACCUGUCUCGGAUCUACCGCAGCCAUGGGUCGACCGUCUAGAGGCAAAAGAGCCCUUGCCGACAAAACUAACGUCCGCCGCAAGAGUACGGAGGAAAACCCAAAGAAAGCGUGCGUUUACUCCAGCAAAUUAUCGCCCGAGAAACGCAAAGAGGACACAGAUGUGUAUCAGUUUGAGUUUGACAGCCAGGAGGAACCCAGAGGCAAAAUCAAGAAAAAGCGUGUCAGAACAAAAAAUCCUGCAGUAAAGAGGCUCAAAGCCUCUGCCAAGAUAGGCGUUAAGGGCAAAAAGAGCCCCAAAAAUAACGCUGUAUCUCAUUCCAUCAAACCACCACCGAAAAAUCUGCUUGCAAACAUUGUUAGAUCGAUGCCUUUGAUCCGUCCGAAUUUCCCAGCCCACGUCCCUGCUGCUCUUCGCAAAGAUCAUCAAACUAUUGACAAAGCCAUUGUUGCCCCACCCAAGCUGCUUCCAGUUCGACCUCUACAGCCAACUCCGGAGUCCAGUCCGUCUCUCCCAGCAGUCACAUCAACCCCAAUGAGAUUGGAUAAUAUCAAUGAUUUUGUUCCGCCAAGUCCUCAGCAUUCCUUCACGGAUCGUCCCAUCACCCCUCCUCUGGAAAAUCUCUUUGACGAUGAUGUUCCUCUGGUUGUCUCCACUCAAAGGCCAACUAGAUUUGAUUAUCAAGAGUUGGCGGACGCCCGGGCCAGGGUCAUCAGGACUUCCCUAACCCCGAGAAAUGUUGUUCCUGAGCCUGUAGUAUUCAAUAGAGAUCCUUCUCCAGAACCUCCGAGGAUGAAGCAGACGAGCAUUCUCAGUUUUGUCACUUCUCCAAAUGAGGGCCUGUUCUCCUGUUCAUCUCCGGUGCGUCUGACAAGCCCGGAACCAUGCAGCAUGUUCAGUCCCACCAAAGAUGGUGACUUGGAUCUCACAAAUGUUGAAGUGGGUGAUGAAGAAGAAGAGGAGGAGUUGAUUGAGAAGGUUGAAAAGCAAAAGAGAGUGGAGAGUCCUGCGUGUGCCCCAACACGGAUUUCCGCCAGAGCUUUGAAGGAGGUCCUUGAGGCCAACAAAGAGACCCUUGCCAAGGAGAUGCCACUUUCUCCGAAAAGACACUUCAAUAGGCCGGCUCGAAAAUCCUAUGACAGAUUUUCCAAGAAAAAGGCCUUAGACUUUAUGGAGCUGGAACACGAACAUGAUUGUGAAAGCGACCGUGAGAAUCUCAGCAACAGUGAGGCAGAAUCUGAAGAGGAGAUUGAGGAGAAGAAAAAACUAAAGCCGAAGAAAAAGAGAGUUGAUGCUAAAACUAAGGCUUUCGAAGAGUGGGCCUCAAAGUUCAACAAGGAGCUUGAAGACUAUGAAGAAUUUGAUCUAGCUGUCGAGUAAAUGUAUUCAUUGCUAUUGACUUUCAAUUUUAACAAAUGUAUGUAAGGUAAGGUGCCUUGAAAGUGCAUUUAUUUUAAAAUCUUCAGUGUUAUUAUUUAAUAUUAUAUUUGCUUGUGACAAAGCCUAAUUAUUUUUGUGGAUGCAGGAAUAAAAUGUCAGUUUUUGCUACUUAAGCCACUAAA